UGUCAACUCUAAUCUCUCUCUCUACAAAACACUUCACUCUUUGACCGUAACAAACAUAAAUAAAUGAGUUCCAGCCAGAAAUACAGUCUCCCCCAUUUUCUCUCUGUAUACCUAUCUUUCUCUGUGUGCUUUUCUGGGUCUGCUGGUUCUUGCUUUGGAGUUUGGAGUCUCUGCAACUAAAGGAAGACAUUAAUAUUGAUAUUAUUCUGCUGGUUAUUUGCUCUCUGUAACUCUUGCUUAUCUCUGGUUGUUGUUUUCUUGGGUUUGGUUGACCGCUGGAGCACCGACACUCCUUACUUCUUGCAGGAGGGGCUGGUGGUUCUGUUAAUGGCGUCUCUUGCCUCUGUAUUUCUAUAGCUGGAAUGGAGUGGCCAGCGUCCUUGUUGAGCUGAAAAGAACCAAUUGUAGCCUUUUCCUUGAAAAAUCUGAGAAGGAAAAAAAAAAAGGUGAAGUGGACAAAUAUCUGCAUUCCUUUGUCUGAACCUGGGAUAUUGCUGAAGUCCUAAAAACUAUUUGGUCUAUGGAAGACCCUUUGAGGCAGAAAAUAAAUUCGAGGGACCAGCAAUCAUUAGUAACUUCUGAGACUUUAACAACCCGAGCAAGGCAAAGUUUCGCUCCACAUGACAGGUUCACACCGAAAAAGCUGACCUUGUCAUAUGCUGAUUUUCAUCGUGAAGUUGCAAAGAAUAUAAAAGAUAUUUCACCUAAAUGUUCAAAGAAUUUCCUAAAACAGUGUAGGAAGGUGACUGAAGAGGAGGAGCUUGUCAAGUAUAUGUCAAAUUUACCAAGUUAUCUGGAGAGGGGAGAAAAUCGACAGGAGAAAGUUUUAAAUGUUGGGGUCCUUGAUUGGGGCCGUUUAGAAAAGUGGCAGUGUGGCCAAAAACAGAUACCCUACAGAGGUAGCAGGCAUUCGCUCUCAAGUGCUAAUUCAUCCUCAUCGUUCUCUACAGAAGGAUCAUAUAUUGACUCUAGUAGAGGUCAGAGUUGCUCUCCUGAUCAUCAAAGGAUGCGCCGUCAAUCUCUCCAAUCUCAUUUGAUGUCAUCUCCAGUAGAAGUUCAUUCAAAAGAUGGUAAAUCGUUUGAAGAAAGCAUUCAAAAAUUUAAAGAUGUCAAAGGUGCCCAGACUAACACUAUGAAUGACCAAGGAAAGUUCGUCAGGACAGACCAACUUCUUUCUAAAAAUUGUCCUGAAAUCAAACUGGAACAGUGCAAGAGAAAAGAUUCAGACCCAAAGAUGAAUCCAGAAUGUGGAUUUUUAAAUGGGGUCAAUUUUGAAGUGCGGCAGUGCAUGAAGGUAAAGGCAACCCAAGAUGGUGAAUUUAUGAAUAAAGCAAAUAAGUUGCAAGAACAGAAGGCGUAUGCCUUUGACCAAGAUGUCUCUGAAAAAAGUAAAAGAGUAGUUCUACUUAUGCCAAGAGAUCUCUCCCAAGGCAAUUGUGCCCAGCUUUCUGAGUCGACAGCAAUGUUGCAUCAAAAGGGGACAAAGGCAAGUCGGAGUAGCUUGUACGAGAUGCCUAAGGACACGAGUCCUGCAGCAGUCACUUCUGAUGUCCCACACUCUUGCCCGCUGCCUCGUGAGAUUGAAGGAUGCGCAGAGAUGAAAGGGUGCUCUUCAGAUGCCAAUAGUAUCAGCUUUUUGCCCAAUACACCUCACUUGGCACCACAUCCAGCCAAAAAAGGAAUCAGUACAUCCCAUGUUAGAAUUUCAGAAAAUAAAAGAUCAAUUAUAACACCAAUAAAUUCUACUUCAAUGAUAACACCAAUAAAUUCUACUUCAAAAGAACCUUCCACAGGAUUGGAUGUGAAGUUAGGCAAAGCUGCUCCUGAAAAACCGAGAAGCACUUCACCUUUUCGCCGACUUGGCAUUGGUAUGGGCAAGAUAGGUAAAAGUUACAGUUCCAAAGAGGGUUCAUCUAUGCCACAAUUGAGCACAAUCCAUCAUUCUGCAAAAUCUGCCUCAGAGAAUGGUACAAAUUCCUCUUGCCAAGGUACUUCAAGUAGUGAUACACAAAAUGCUUCAAACAGAGCCAGGUCAAGCCCUCUGAGAAGAUUACUAGACCCACUGUUGAAACCAAAGGCACCAAACUGCCGUCGUUCUGGGGAUCCAUUACAACGGGAUUUAGUAUCAACGGAUAGAGCCUGCAAGUCAUCCGAUGGACAAUUAGAUUCUUCAACUGCAGCAAGACAGCCAGGAGUUGUAAAAUUAAAUAUGACAAGUUGUAGGGCAAUCAAUAUUGAUGAUACGUGUCAGGACAAGAAGCGUGGAUCGUCAGCAUUGCAAGCUCUGCUAAGAGUUACAGUUAAGAAUGGUCAGCCUCUUUUCACAUUUGCAGUUGACAAUGAACGAAAUAUUCUUGCAGCCACAAUGAAGAAGUUGAGUAGCACAAGAGAGGAUGACUACAGCUGCAUUUACACAUUCUUUGCCAUUCAAGAAAUCAGGAAAAAAAAUGGGGGGUGGAUGAACCAAGGGGGCAAAGGCAAAGGUCAUGAUUAUAUUCCUAAUGUUGUAGCUCAAUUGAAGGUUUCUGGUUCACAGUUUUCCCGUUGGACUAGAGAGAACUAUAUGGAGCAAUCAUUUGCUAGAGAAUUUGUUUUGUUUGCCAUGGGCCUACAACAAGCAGAGACACAAACAUUAGACUUCCACCCAAAUGAUGAACUUGCUGCCAUUGUUGUCAAGAUCCCAAGAGUCAUCAAUAGAAGUACAGCCACUGAUGGGCAUUAUACUGGUAAAUGCAAUGAUUUCCCAGAGACGAGAUUCAAUUCUACUUCUGGGGAACAGCCUAUCAUCAAUGGCCAAAGCCUUAUCAGUGCCACAGUCAUUCUUCCGAGUGGUGUUCAUAGUCUACCAAAUAAAGGAGGACCUUCAUCACUAAUCCAACGAUGGAGAUCGGGUGGAUCAUGUGAUUGUGGAGGUUGGGAUUUGGGUUGCAAACUCAGAAUUUUUGCCAACCAGAGUCAGCUUAGUAAGAAUACACGUCCAUCUAAAGCUUGCACUAUAAUUGAUAAAUUUGAGUUCAUCUCUCAGGGAGGAGAAGAAGAGAACCAACCUGUCUUCAGUUUGGCUCCUUUCAAGGAUGGGAUCUAUUCAGUGGAGUUCAAUUCAUCACUUUCAAUUAUACAAGCGUUCUCACUGUGUAUAGCAGUUAUAGACAGUAAAAAACUGUGUGAGAUCCCAGGAUCGUGCAACUUGUUUGAAGGAAAAACUUCUUUGGAAACCAUAUUGGCCCGAAAUGAUGGAAUAAGGGGCAGCACAAAUCGAGUUGAUACGGACGUGCCUGCAAAAUUUGUCUCAUACCCACCCCAUUCUCCAGUUGGAAGGGUCUAGUUUCAUGAGGAAUGGUCUUGCAAUUACACAGGUGGUACGGAUCGGUAAAUAGCCAGUUUGACUUAGUAGACACUGUUUGAAUCCUGCAAUCCAGUGCCUCUCAUUGAUAUGGGAAAAUAAAAUAGAAUCUGCGAGGUGAUGGGGAAAGAAACCUUGAAGCAUGAGAGAACUGUAUUUUGUAUUAGUUUUUGAGUUCUUUUUGACAAUAGAAGCAGUAUUAACGGUACUUAGAGAACACUAUCUUCAUCAAUGUAAGUGUGCAUAUCAUAGUGCUUGUAGUUUGGAAUUCUAUUGACUUAUUCCAAGAGCAUUCCAUAAUGAAUGUUUCAAGUAAACUUUUGGCUCAGAAAGCCCUUCUCUGCAAA